AUGGCCUCGAAACAGGAUCUCUUAACCGUGGGGUGUGGUGAGCGUCUGUAUAGCUAUCCCGCCGCACUAUGCCUGUUCCGUGCCUCGCAGAAGCUGCUGAGGGCAGCCCUGCAUACCGAACCCCCAUCGCUGCACGGUCCGCUGGCAGAAAGCGUGGGGAAUCCCGCCUUACGACCAUCGCUGCGGCGUCAUUACGAGAUGUUUCCGUUUCGACAGGGGUGUACCGAGCCGCCCAUCACCAGUGACCAAAGGCCCAUCACGCCGCCUCCCCAGGAUGUCUUGUAUUCCGUACUCGAUCGCUACCUGAACCACAUUAACCUUCAUACUCCUGUGUUCGAGGCUGGUGUACUGUAUGAGACCAUUCCGGAGUGCUAUCGAUCCAAUGGUCCCUCUGACCACCGCGCCUGGCUGGUGUGUUUGAACAGUAUUGUCCUGCUUACCUUGCAUCUCGACGCCCGUGUGGCCCGACGAUCUGGCCUUGAUAUCGACCCAUGGACAAAGCAUUCACAGGUAAUUUCAGACGCCUUGAACAAUUGUCGCCGUGCCUUGGCCGAUUUAGACGUGCUGUCGCAGCCAACAGUGGUCAACAUUCAGGCUCUCAUCAUGCUGGCUCUAGUGGCGCGGGAAUUCUUCUUCAACGCGGUAUUCGAGAAGGUCUGCUCUGCAGCCUGUAAAAUAGCACGGUCCAUCGGCCUCCACCGGUGCGUCGGGACUGUGAAUGACAGUGCACUGCAAGCCCGCCAGCGACUCUUCUGGAUCUUGUACGCCAUGGAUAAAACCCGUGUCUUCCUUAGCGGACAUUCCCCCGAUCUAUAUCUCUUUGACUCUGAGUUCCAGCCCCUGCCCUCCACCCCGCUGAUGCCCGUUGAAAUGCAACUCCACUCUACCGCGGCACACAUGAUGGCUGUUUGGGAGGAAAUCUAUAUCGGGCUAUACUCGGCGCGAGCAGUGUUCUUGGGGGCAGAACAUCGGCGCGAGCAGUUGCAUCGGUUAAAUCGCAUGUGCGACGAGCGUUUACCGUCACAUCCGUCGCUGGUGUCUCGUGACCCUGGCUUGCGCCUGAUGCAGCUGGAGAUCAAAUACUGCUACCAUGUCAGCAAGAUUCUGAUCCACCGUUGCCAUCGGACAGCCGAGGAAUGGCAGAUAACCCGCGAACAUGCCGUAUCCGCUCUCAAGACCAUAACUGAUGUCUUCGAGGAGCCUGUGACACCAGGCAGUUGUAUGGUCCUGGGCCGGAUGUUCCAAAACUACCCACUUGUUGCUUUUCACGACCUCUGCGCGCGAUACCUGACGGGGGAGGGUGCAAUCGACCUCGCGGCCAUUGUCCCGCAGCUGAUCAGCGUCCGCCACCAACUGAGCUCCUUAGAGAAUAAGGACAUACCAAAUGCAUAUGUGACGAAGCUACAUCUGGGUGUCGCUUGGUGCACCGAAUUGAUGAGCAUGAUCACUGCCUCGAGUGAGGCCUUGGAGCCAACAACAUACCUGCUGACCCCGUCGACCAUUACUGAUAUGGGAGACUUUCGGCCAUCUGGGUCGAUCGGGCAUGACUCCGCAACUUACUCGCCUGGUACUAGCAACACGCUGACUCGGGAGCAAGAGGACAUCUUCGAGACAUUUGAUUCGCCCGAUUACUUCUUCGACCCGGCACUUCUUGAAGUUCUGCUCUCAGAAGGGCAUUUCGCCACGUAG